AUGGCGGAACUCUACCCCGAUCUCAAGGAUCGGCCUGUCAAGGAGACCAUUUGUCUAUUCGAUGUCGAUGGCACCCUCACACCAGCUCGACAGGCUGUCUCAGCUAAGAUGCUUCAGACAUUGGACAGAUUGAGACACAAAUGUGCCAUUGGCUUCGUUGGUGGUUCAGAUCUUAACAAACAACAAGAACAACUCGGAACACCCUCCCUUCCGGUGACGACCCUCUUCGAUUUCUGCUUCGCCGAGAACGGUCUGACUGCCUACCGCUUGGGUCAACAACUUCCCUCCUACUCCUUCAUUCAAUGGAUCGGAGAAGAAAAAUACCAGAAGCUGGCCAAAUUCUGCUUGAAAUACCUCUCUGAACUAGAAGGGCUUCCCGCAAUGCGUGGGACUUUUAUUGAGUUCCGGAAUGGCAUGAUCAAUGUCAGUCCGGUCGGUCGAAAUGCCAGCAAAGCGGAAAGAGACGAGUUUGAAGCUUGGGACAAAAACACCGGUUGCCGACUCAAGAUGAUCGAGGCGAUUGAGAAGGAGUUUCCCGACUUAGGACUCACGUACUCUAUCGGGGGGCAAAUUUCUUUCGAUGUUUUCCCAGCGGGAUGGGACAAGACUUAUUGCCUGCGACAUGUGGAAGCAGAAGCUGAUCCCACCAAGGGACUUUCUGGUAUCCACUACAAGAACAUUCACUUCUUCGGCGACAAAGCAUUCAAGGGUGGUAAUGAUUGGGAAAUUUAUACCGAUCCCCGAACCAUUGGCCAUGCUGUCAAAGACCCGCAAGACACCAUGCGACAAUUGAAAGAACUCUUUGGCGUUUGA